AGCCACGCUCCGCCCGUGGGAGGCUGUCUCGCUGCUGCCUCUUUCCCUGCCUUCUCUCUCUUUCUCUCUCAAUCUCUCUCUCCUCUUCCGCGGGUGAGGAGGGAGCCCUGGCGCCGCGGAUCCGGAUCCCCACCCUCCCGAAGACGCCAUGGAUUCGGAUUCCGGGGAACUCAGCGACGGGGACCUGGUCCCUCCGGCAGGUCCGGAGAAUUUCAGCUCCAAGAGCCUUGCGCUUCAAGCCCAGAAGAAGAUCUUGAGUAAAAUGGCCACCCGGACCGUGGCCAACAUGCUGAUCGACGACACCAGCAGCGAAAUCUUCGACGAGUUGUACAAAGUGACGAUCGAGCACACGAAGAACAAGAAGGAGGCGCACAAGAUCAUGAAGGACUUGAUCAAAGUCGCCGUCAAGAUCGGGAUCCUCUACCGAAACAACCAGUUCAACCCCGACGAGCUGGAGAUCGUGGAAAAGUUCCGCAAGAAGCUGAACCAAGCCGCCAUGACCAUUGUCAGCUUCUACGAAGUGGAGUACACCUUCGACAAAAACGUCCUUUCCGAAAUCCUGAAGGAAUGCAAAGACCUUGUGCACGAACUUGUAGAGCGGCACCUGACGGCCAGGUCUCACGCGCGGAUCAACCACGUCUUCGACCAUUUUUCAAACGUGGAGUUCCUCACCGCGCUCUACAGCCUCGACGCCGAGUGUCGGCCACACCUCAAAAAAAUCUGUGACGGAAUCAACAAACUCCUCGACGAGAAAGUCCUUUGAAACUGGCCUUUGGCAACAAAAGACUUGAAUAAGAGCCGACAACAGAAAGUCAACACAAACCCACGAGAGUGGGCUCCUUUAUAGAACCCCAAAACAGACACUCUUGAUUCCAAUUCACUUGCCGUUCAGUCUAUUUGUGGAAUGCAGAAAUGAUCCACAAUCGAGUCAACAAAGAAACAAGAUAUUUAAGGACACAGUUUGUGAAGGGCAAAGGACAUUACAUACCUGUGAUCUCAACAGUGCCAUGUAGUUAGGAGUCAAAGAUCUAUGUCAAGCCAAAAGGCCUAUUACGAGGGUUGAAUGAAAAGUAAUGCCUCCACCUUCAUAACUCAACAGAUGGCAGUCCUGGUCUGCGGCAAGUACAGGCUUGUUCAGUAGACUCUCCUCUCCAGUUCCAUUUGGCGGGAAGCCUUAGCAUUGAACGGUUGUGUUGUUAAAGUGCAAAGUAUGGAACCCUGCCCACACAGUCAGUCAAUGCGACUCAAGCAACGUGCAGUCAUUGAAUUCUUGACAGUAGAAGAUGUCGCCCCAAAGGAGAUUCAUCAGAGCUGUUUAUGGUGAUUGUGUUGAUGUGAGUCCUGUGCGUUGUUGGGCGAGUAAAUUUAAAGAUGUUGAGGUGGGAACAUCUGACUUGCAUGACAAACAAAGAGUUGGACAUCCUGUGACAGCAACCACCGGGUUUCACAAGCAAAAGGUUGACAGAUUGAUUCAGGAUGAUCGUCGUAUCACUCAAAGAGAAAUGUCAAGCAUAAUCGGCAUUUCACAAGAAGGUGUGGGUCACAUUAUUGCUUUUCUAUUGGAAGAUCUGUACACGAUGGGUACUGUGAGACACUGGUUGCGGAAACAGAGUGUCAACUUUGUCUGAGUAUUAAGCAGCGCAGCAGUAGUUGGAUGGAAUCAGUGGAGCGCACAAUGAAGAGACACUCAGAGAUGUUGGUAAAACUAUUUACAAAGUUUUACUGAAUCAACACAAACAGAUGACAGAUGAACACAGGACUUGACUUGAUCUCUAAGCAGACAGAACUCCUAAGCAGACAGAUCUCGACUGAACUCAGAACUGAACUCAGACGCAAUCAAUAUGCACACACACUUGUGUCUGGAUACUCCCUAGUUCCAGCCACACAUCAAGGUCAUCACAGCUUCUUGGUAAUUAACUCUUUCCAGACUAUAGUACAUUCUGGAUGAUGCAAUCAGUUGCAAUACAGGCAAGACACAAAUUGCAUUUAAACACUAUCAAUACACAAAUCCCACAUUAACAAACUUCUUCCAUGACGGCUUCAGAAAACUUGUUCAUCGUGGGCAGAAAUGUAUCCAGUUGUUUGGUGAUUAUGUGGAAAAGUGAAUAGUGGUAGUUAAAGAGCACAUUCUAAGGAUUAUUUCUGCAUUUGAUUUAUUAAAAUAUUCCCAUCCAAACCGAAGUAACAAAGGUGGAGGUAUUACUUUUCAUUCAACCCUCGUAUAGAAAGAAGAAAGAAGCCAUAAGAUGGUCACGAUGAACAUCUUGGAGGCGGGGAGAGCAUAAAAAUCUGUUUUCACACAUAAUUGACAACAGAAAAGAAACUUUCACAGGCCAAGAUGAAGGCAAAGCACAACAAAUGCAAAAGGCCAGGCCUCUUUUUAAGAUGUUCAGUUGUCUCCUGGAAUGAAGACUAGAAAUUGGCAUCUUGCUGGAGCAAGGAACGUGUCCCUCCUGUACUGCAAUUCCCAUUAUACUUGAGUGGUGAAAAAUUAUAGGAUUUGACAUGCGGGAGGGCCAUAUAUUCCUCAUCCCAUCCAACUUAAAAUAGUUAAUUAAGAUGCCAAGAUGAUAAACAUCAAGUCUAGCAUGACUUCUUUCGAGAAACGAGGCUUUGAAUUAACCAAAGUAUGUCCUUGGCAGAAGUCGUGGCACAAAAUCGUUAGAAAUAAAUGGAUUCUUUUGUUUGUAACUACACUGAAAAGGGGAAAGGGUGCCUGCUUAUGUUCAUAUUCAUGUGCUGCUAAACUGCAGUUGUAUUAUUAUUGGCCGUUCUCCAUCCCGCCGAGACCUUACACCAUUGCUUUCAGUAAGCCCAUUCACAUAGAAGUUGGGUUGGGAAUUGGGAAGAAUACAGGAAGGGAAAAGAGUUUGUUAGCAUCUUUUUGGUGUUCGAAUCUGUGCUACUUUUUAAGAGAAAAAAAUUAAAAUAUCUUUCUCGUUACAUUUAUGUAAGACUUGAGGACCUUACGAAUGGAGUGGGAGGGGAAGUCAUAUGCAUCCCUCAUGCUGGUAUCUGAUGUAUAUUCUGUGUUUACUUUUAUAUCGGUGUGUUACCAAUGUUCAACAACCCGUUUCAAAAUAUCAGUCACGUCUGAGUCAGACACAAAGCGUGUGUUGUAUUAUCAUAAAGGAUCCAUUAAACGACUUGUGAUCAAGCAA